GUCGUAUCGAGCAGGGUCGCCUCCCACGAGGCCGUCCAAGGAAGACUCCCGAGCAGAAGCGCGCCGAUGCCCUGAUGACGCCGCAGCAAAAGGCUCAGAAAAAGGAAGAGAGCAGGAAGCGUAGAGAGGAGAAGAAAGCCGAGAAAGAGCGUAAACGCGGUCAACUUGCGUCGUCUUCCACUUCUCCGGAUCACCAGGCCUGAGUCCAGCCAACCGACCAGCAAUAGUGGCCAAGCGAAUUGCCGUUCGUUUCUUGGAGAAGGAGUUAUCUGAUUAAUUUGCAUCGUUUGUUUUAAUUUUGGAGUACGAUAGACCACGAUAGCUAACGUAAUGUUGUUUUGCUACAGAUGAUGUUCGUCUCCGGUGAAACUGGGGACAUUUCAGUCGAAACCACAUCAAUGAUUGAAUCUAUUGUUCAACAGCAGGUCAUGGAAAUGCUUCGCCGCGCCACAGAACUCGCCGGACGUCGAGGUGUUAGAACUAUCUCUACGGACGACCUCAUCUUCCUCAUUCGCCAUGACAAAGCCAAAGUCUCUCGCCUUCGCACCUUUCUUAGUUGGAAAGAUGUUCGUAAAAGCGCCAAAGACAGUGACGACAAAGGUGGUGAUGCAGGAGCCGGCGCAGAUGACUUCGACCUCGCGGCGAAUGACCCAACAUUGGGCGGUGGACCGAGCGUUGCCACCAGAACAAAUAAGAACAAGAAAGCGAAAGUCGGUCUUCCUUGGGACGUCAGCAGUUUCUACUCGGAGCAAGUCCCCGAACGUGAAGACGAAGAAGACGAGGAAGAAGAAGAAAUGAACGCAGCCACACUGCAACGUCUCAAACAAGCCGACGAGCGAACCAAAGGCAUGAACGCAGAAGAAUACCUCCAUUUCUCCGAAUGUCGCCAAGCAUCUUUCACGUUCCGCAAAGGCAAACGUUUUCGCGAAUGGGCUGGAUUCGGCGUCGUGACAGAUUCGAAACCUAAUGACGACAUUGUCGAUAUUCUCGGCUUCUUGACUUAUGAGAUUGUGACGUUGCUGACGGAAGAGGCUUUGAAGGUCAAGGCUGCCGAGGAUGCUUUGAAGAGGGAGAGUGGAGGGGACGAGGAGAAGAGAGGGCGGAAGAGGCGACGUGAGCCGGGGUUGUUUGAUCCUCCUGAAGAAGCAAGGACGCCGGUGGGCAUGAAGCAUAUCCAAGAAGCGUUUCGUAGGCUGCAGAGACCGGACGUGAAGUCUAGGUAUAUGUGCCACGUGCCGAAGGGCAACUGGCAGAGGCCGCUCAAGUUGAUUUGAGAAGGUGCUUUCUGGUGCGAUUACGUGGAUUGGAUGGGAAUGUGUUCUUUUUAGCGUUGGCGCUGGGUGCAUGAAUGGCUAAGGCACAGGAUAUCAGGUGCAGAUAUUCUUUUUCCAUGCGUGCGAGGCU